CCUCACGCGUCCGCCAGUCCGUGUGCGGUUUAAAUACCGACCAGCCCCGCCCGCUUGUCACUGCCGCAGCAGCCUAUUCUACACAGCCUUACGCGAAGGAUCCGUGUCGAAGACAUUCCAUCUGUGUACUUUUCCACUUCAAGUCCAAGGCUAUUGUGAGAAUAUGUCUACCAAGGAGAAGCUGAUCAAACAUGUUAUGGAAGGUGAGCCCGUGGGCUCCAGGAAUAAGGUGACCGUGGUGGGUGUUGGCAUGGUGGGCAUGGCCUCCGCCGUCAGCAUCCUCCUGAAGGACCUGUGCGAUGAGCUGGCCCUGGUUGAUGUGAUGGAGGACAAGCUGAAGGGUGAGGUCAUGGACCUGCAGCACGGAAGCCUCUUCCUGAAGACACACAGGAUUGUGGGAGACAAAGAUUACAGUGUGACAGCCGGAUCCAAGGUGGUCGUGGUCACCGCGGGAGCUCGCCAGCAGGAGGGCGAGAGCCGUCUGAACCUGGUGCAGAGGAACGUCAACAUCUUCAAGUUCAUCAUCCCCAACAUCGUCAAGUACAGCCCCAACUGCAUCAUGCUGGUCGUCUCCAACCCCGUGGACAUUCUAACCUACGUGGCCUGGAAGCUGAGUGGGCUGCCCAAACACCGUGUGAUCGGCAGCGGCACCAACCUGGACUCUGCCCGCUUCCGUCACCUGAUGGCCGAGAAGCUGAAGAUCAGCCCCACCAGCGUUCAUGGCUGGAUCGUUGGAGAGCAUGGUGACUCCAGUGUGGCUGUGUGGAGUGGGGUGAACGUGGCAGGCGUGUCCCUCCAGGGCCUGAACCCCGACAUGGGCACAGACAAGGACAAGGAAGACUGGAAGAGCGUCCACAAGAUGGUGGUUGACAGUGCCUAUGAAGUCAUCAAACUGAAGGGCUACACUUCCUGGGCCAUUGGCAUGUCUGUGGCUGACUUGGUGGAAUCAAUCCUCAAGAACCUGCACAAGGUGCACCCAGUCUCCACCUUGGUCAAGGGCAUGCAUGGUGUGAAGGAGGACGUCUUCCUGAGCGUUCCCUGCGUGUUGGGCAACAGCGGCCUGACAGACGUGGUCCACAUGACCCUGAAGAAGAGCGAGGAGGAGCAGGUGGUCAAGAGUGCCGAGACCCUAUGGGGUGUGCAGAAGGAGCUCACCCUUUGAAAAUCCGCGCUCUGAGCUGGAAUCGUGCCCACUGAUUGGCUGCCCCGCUGCCCCCCGACCUCCUUUACAACCCAGAUUCCAUCUCAGCAGUGACUCCCAAUUCAUCCCUUUACCUACAGCCACUCCUACACCCCCUUUUAAUUCUCCCAGUAUAACCAAUCCAUAUCCAACACUCCGUUCAGAUCUUACGCCCCCUCCCCUCCCUUUAUCUCAAAACAUCUUGGACUGGUAGACCGUAACCUCCUCACGUUAGCUGCAGAGGAGGUCCUUUCUGCCGUCUUCGCAAACGAUCAUAGGGCCUUUGUACUGUACUGUGUAUGUAUAAGUGUGUGUUUGUAUAUCACCUGUGCGUCGGUGCAUCUUGUCUUCCUCACACUCCAGCCUCUGUGGUUUAGAAAGGGUUACAAGGGAUGCCUUGUGGAGGUUGUGAGCUGGAGAGAAUAGCCAGUAUUGCACCUCUGUGGGUUUCCCUACUGUUUGUUUCUUUGAGCUCGGCAAUCAUUCCGUACCAUUUUAACCCCAAGGCUGAAAUGCUCUAAUGUUCUCUGCGAUCAUCCCUGAGGCAUUAGAGCAGUUACCUCUACGCAGACACUCCCUACUGCAUCCACCAUCGUCAUCAUCGGCUCUACAAUGGCUUGAAGUACACACAGAUGUACUGUAAACUAACCACAAGUGCACUGAUAUAAGACUUAAUAUGAAGGUCUGACUUUUCAAAAGCCAUCAUAUUCACAGCAGAGCUGUUGAAAAGCCUGGGAAAUUUGCUGUAAUUUAAAUACAAAAUCAUUCAAGUACAACCAGGUAAAACUACAUCUUACACAUCAGGGGUACUUUGUUAGAGCUCACUUCAAGUAUGCACUGUGUUAAAUAUGGAAAAAAAAUGUACAUGCUGUCUUUAGAAAUUUGUAUAUCUGUGUACCUUACGUGUUUGGCUGGAAAUUGUCUUGUUUGUUUGAGAAAAGAAGAGGUUCAGAUCAGUCCGCAGGAUAGAAUACUGUAGCUCUAACUGACCGCACACUUAGGGCCAUGUUGGCGAUGGCUGUCUGGAGAACCUGUGUCAGUAUCCUUCUCCUGCAUCUGUGGCCAGUUCGAUCCGCCUUGUUUUUAAUCUGACACCAAAUAAAUUUCCAGUGUAACAACUUAA